AGUCACUUUAGAUUAAAUUUUUUUCUAGUUGAAGCAAGUAGUAAUUUUGAUUUUUGAGUCAAUAGACACAGUACGGAAAAAAUAGAAAAGAAAAACAAAAACAAAAGACGCCGGCGCAUUAGCGGGUGACUAUGUAACAACCAAGUACAAUCAAACUCCAAAACACUUCUGUUGCCAGUAGUAUCCCUUGCUUUCUAGGGAAUUAUCGUCCAGCUUAGCAGCUACUAACAUUCCAUUCAUUCGGCAACGGAAAUCUCAACCCAACUAAUACUAUUAUACUACUUUUCAUUCUCAACACUCUCUCUCUCUUUUCAUUUCUCACUCAUCACCACCCAAACCCCAUUUUCUACCAGGGAUUUAUUUGAUAAUGGAUUUAAAACCAAGGAGGAGAAGUUUUGUAGAGAAUGGUGAUGCUGGGGAGGAUUUGUCCCUUACAAAUGGUGGAAAUGAUGAUGUUGGUCCUCUUGUUAGGCAUGCGUUUGAAACGGGGCGGCCGGAAGGGCUUCUUCGCCAGAUGAGUUUUGUGGUUAAGGAAAAGGAAGCUGAAAUUGAGGAGAUGUGUAAGACUCACUAUGAGGAGUUUAUUCUUGCGGUUGAUGAGCUUCGUGGUGUGUUGUUUGAUGCUGAAGAGUUAAAGAGUGAGCUCCAUGGUGAUAAUUUUAAGUUACAGCAGGUUGGUAGUGACCUUCUUGUUAAGCUUGAAGAGCUUCUUGAGUGUUAUUCUGUUAAGAAGAAUGUGGCUGAAGCUGUAAAAAUGUCGAAGAAUUGUGUACAGGUGUUGGAUCUUUGUGUAAAGUGUAACAGUCAAGUUUCUGAAGGCCAGUUUUAUUCUGCGUUGAAAACUGUGGAUUUGAUUGAGAAAAGUUACCUGCAUAAUGUUCCUUUAAAAGCUCUCAAAAUGGUUGUAGAGAGGAAAAUUCCUGUUAUAAAAUUGCACAUUGAGAAGAACGUUUGCGGUCAAGUUAACGAAUGGAUGGUUCAGAUAAGGAGCUCUGCUAGAAAUAUUGGGCAGACAGCAAUCGGCCGCACUGCAACAGUUCGUCAAAGGGACGAGGAAAUGCUGGAACAGCAGAGAAAGGCUGAGGAACAAUAUAUUUCAGAAGUAGGGAAUCUAGAUUACACUUUGGAUGCUGAAGAAUUUGAUGAAGAUCCUGUUAUCGUGUUUGACCUUACACCUCUUUACCGUGCUUGUCAUAUUCAUGAUCUUCUAGGAAUCCGAGAGAAGUUUCGUGAAUACUACUAUACCAAUAGAUUGUUACAAUUGAAUUCGGACCUUGAAAUAUCUUCAGCACAACCUUUUGUUGAAUCAUACCAGACAUUUUUUGCUCAAAUUGCUGGAUUCUUUAUAGUUGAGGAUAGAGUCCUCAGAACUGCCGGUGUUCUCCUCGUAGCUGAUCAAGUUGAAACAAUGUGGGAGACGGCUGUGGCUAAAAUGACAUCCGUGUUAGAGGAGCAUUUCUCCUCUAUGGAGUCAGCCACACAUCUUCUCUUGGUGAAGGAUUAUGUCACUCUGUUUGGGUCUACUCUUAGACAAUAUGCACAUGACAUUGGCACACUUCUUGAUGUGCUUGAUAGCAACCACGGCAAGUACCACCAGCUUCUCAUGGAAGAAUGCCGGCAACAAAUUAGUGAUGUCCUCAGCAAUGACUCAUAUGACCAAAUGUUGAUAAAAAAGGAAACUGACUACGAGAAUGUUAUUCUAUCAUUUAAUCUUCAAACAUCAGAUAUUAUGCCUGAUUUUCCAUAUGUUGCUCCAUUCUCCUCCAUGGUACCUGAUGUUUGUCGCAUUGUGAGAUCCUUUAUCAAAGGCUCUGUUGAUUACUUGUCUCACGGUAUUGGUCUAAAUAUGAAUGUCUUUGAUGUUGUGAGGAAGUAUUUGGACAAGUUCCUGAUUGACGUAUUGAAUGCAACAUUACUCGAUACAAUCAAUAGCGGCAACAUCACUGUACCUCAAGUUAUGCAGAUUGCUACAAACAUAGCCGUCCUCGAAAGAGCUUGUGAUUUUUUCCUUCGACAUGCAGCCCAACUCUGCGGCAUCCCAUGCAGACCAGUCGAAAGGCCUCAAGCAGCUUUAAGUGCAAAGGCGGUCUUGAAGACGUCGAGGGAUGCAGCUUAUAUUGCUCUACUGAGCAUGGUAAACAAAGAAAUAGACAAGAUUAUGACUCUUACCGUCAGUGUUAAUUGGACUCCUGAGGAGACAAAUCAGAAUGGAAAUGACUACAUUCAUGAAGUGAAGAUUUACCUGCACUCUGUUUUGACCCCAGCACAACAAAUUUUACCUCUGGAUGCCAUGUACAAGGUUGGGAGUGGUGUUUUUGAGCAUAUUUCUAAUGUCAUAGUGGCUGCUUUCUCUAAUGACGGCGUCAAAAGAUUUAAUACAAAUGCAGUUAUAAAUAUCGAAUAUGAUCUUCAGAUCAUAGAGAAUUUUGCAGAUGAAAGGUUCUAUUCUGCUGGUCUAGGUGAAAUUUACAAUGAAGGUAGUUUUAAGAAUUAUUUGAUAGAAGCAAGACAAAUGAUUAAUCUUUUGCUAAGUAGUCAAGCUGAGAACUUCAUGAAUCCUUCUAUAAGGGAGAAAAGUUACUGUGCAUUGGAUUACAAGAAGGUGUCUGCAAUCUGUGAUAAAUUCAAAGAAUCACCAGAUGGAAUAUUCGGAAGCCUUGGUAAUAAAAAUGCUAAGCAAAGUGCUAGAAAGAAAUCAAUGGACGUGCUCAAAAAGCGGCUUAAGGAUUUCAGUUGAACAGACAUGGAUAUAUUCUUUCAUUGGAAGUAGGGUAUAAUUGAGGUGCUCUUCUUUUUCUAUUAUGGAUGUUUAACUUCAGAAUCAAUAGUGUUUCUAUAUUGUUCAGACUUGUUUAAUUAUGCUUUAAAUUUGAAUGAAUUUGUCAUGGAACAAAUGAACAAUAUCUCAUCAUCAUUAUUGCACACAAUCAAAAUUUUACUACCCCUAGGAUGUGAUUUACUAUCUUAA